AUGCGCAAAAGGCGGAAGAAGGCGCAACCGGAUUGGCAGGGGCUGGAGGAGGAGGAGGCGGAGCAGCGGCGGGAGGCGCUUCUGCGCGACGCGGGGGCGUUCGGCUCCGGUCUUGCGGACGCCGCCUUUUCCGCGCCCAAGGCUGGCGGAAAGCAGCAAGCAGGCGGAAGCAUGCCGGCGGCGGAGAUUGCCAUGUCAGCUAGCAGCUGGCGGCGCAGCUUACGCGGGAAGAACCGGCCGCAGGACGAGUUCGAGCCGCCUGUUGACAACUCCGACGCGCCGCUCUCGUUGCCGCGCCUCGAGUUCAUUGCGGCGAUCCGGCGCGAGGCGGAAGCGGAAAGCCCCGGAGAGGAGAGCGCGGAAGAGGAGGGGGGCGGGGGCGGGCGGGCAGGGGGGGAGUUGGAAGAAGGGGAGGAGGUGGCGGAAGGAGAGGGGGGGAACGAGGAUGCGGAGGGGGAGAAGGUGCGCGGAAGGGGGGAGGGGAGAGGCAGGGGGCCUCCGCGGCUGAAAUGGAGAGCGCUGAAGGAGCGCCAUCCGUUGUGGCACCGCCUUCGCCACAUCACCUACCAGCCCUGGCAGCUCUGCCCUCCGAACCUGCCGUCCCGAGCCACCGAACCAACGCCAGGCUCGGAACCACACCACCUACUCCCCCCCCCACCUCCCUUAGAAGACACACCCUUGGCAUACGUGGAAACGCGCGAGCAGCUAGCGGCCAUGGCGGAGGAGAUUAAAGCGGAGAGGGAGGUGGCAGUAGACCUGGAGAAUCACAACUACCGGUCGUUUCAGGGCUUCCUGUGCGUGCUGCAGCUGUCGACGCGGAGGAAAGACUAUGUGGUGGAUGCCAUUGCGCUGAGGGGAGAGAUUGGGCCCCUUCUGGGACCGAUAUUCGCCGACACACGUGUUGUGAAGGUGAUGCACGGGGCGGACAGCGAUGUAGUAUGGCUGCAAAGGGACUUUGGCAUCUUCAUUGCGAAUAUGUUUGACACGGGGCAGGCCUCACGGGUGCUCGGUUUAGAGCGCUUCUCCCUGGCGCACCUGCUGCAGCGCUACUGCAGGGUGACGGCCAACAAGAGCCUUCAGAUGGCGGACUGGCGCGUGCGGCCGCUGCCGAGUGACAUGCUCAAGUAUGCCCGGGAGGACACCCACUACCUGCUCUUCCUGCACGACUGCCUUCGCCUCCAACUCGCUGCGUCUGCUGCUGCUGGUGCUGCUGCUGCUGGUACUGCUGCUGCUGGUGCUGGUGGUGCUGUGGGGAAGGAUGUUAAAGGGAAGGUUUUCGGUGGGGCUGUGGCGGAGGGCGGUGAGGGGAAGGAGGAGGGAGAAGAGGAGGAGGAGGAAGGGGAGGUGCAUGAUGAUGAAGAGGAGGACGAGGAGGAAGAGGGAAGAGGAGAGAAGGGAGAGGGAGGGGAGGACAGGGGGGAGUAUGGCAAGCCGUGUCCAGCUAUCCUAGAGGUGCUCACUCGCAGUAGGGACGUGUGUCUGCUGCUCUACUCCAAGCCACAGCGCGCCUUCCACUCCUUCCUCCGCAACAACAGGCUGAGCACAGAGGGCUUCAGUGAGGAGCAGAUGGCCGUUCUCUCUGUGCUGUACACGUGGCGCGAUCAGACAGGCAGGGAGUGCGAUGAAGGGCUGGGAUACGUCAUGCCCAACCACCUGCUGCUGAAAGUCGCGCGUGACAUGCCCACCUCCGAACGUGCUCUCCGAACCUGCCUCCGAGGCUCGGCGCCCCUUGUAGCUCGGAAUGCUGCAACCAUCACCCGAAUGAUAAGCCAGAUCAAAGAUUCUGCUGACCUGGCAACGACCACUCUAGAGUCGCCAGCUGUCGUCGCAGCACGGCAUGCUGCCACGUCAGCCAAAGACCCCUUUGCUCCUGGUACUCCUGCUGCUGCAGCUGCUGCCGCUGCUGUUGCUGCUGCUGCUGCCCGUGCCGCUGCCGCUGCUGGUGUGGCUCCCGGUGCUGCCGCUGCUGCCUCUGCUGGUGCGGGUGUCCCUUCAACAGCUGCCAUAACUGCAUCUACAUCGGCUUCACCACCGGCUGUAGCAGCGGCUGUAGCGAAGGUGAAGGUGAAGAAGGCAGCAGCCAAGUCUGGCUUUGGGGCACUCCUGGGCCAAAAACGACCAGCGAAAGCAGCAGGAGCAGCAGGAGGAGCAGCUGUAGUGGCAGCAAAGCCCUUGGCAAAGGCUCAGAAGACGGAUGGAGCUUCAGCGAAAGAAGAUCUGGCAGCACGAGUUCGGGCAGCCAUGGGAAUUGUGCCACAGCCAAUGGGAUCGGAGGAAGUUGUUUCACGGGCAGGUGAAAAGCAUGGAACUGCGGAAGGUGAGGGGAGGUUGGCAGCUGAAGGUAGGGGAGAGGAAGGAGAAGGGGGGAAUGGUGGGGAAGCAGAGGGAGGUGAGGGGGGAGGAGGGGGCGGAGGGGAAGCAGGGGGGGUAGGGGGAGCAGGGAAGGGAGGAGAAGCAGGGGACGGGCAGAAGAAGCGGCAGCGACCAGCCAAGUCUCCGGCUCAUGUGGCUGCUGCAGUGGCAGCGGCAGCAGCAGCAGCACGAGCAGCCAGAAAAGCCGGAAGCCAGGCAGAGGGCGAAGGGGGUGGAAGCAGGGCAGGAGGCAAGGCAUCAGCACAGUCACAGUCACAACAGCCAGCUAAGAAGGGUGCUGGUGGGGGGCAGCGCAAGGACCUGGUUUCAGAGGCGUUUCAGAGAGCUGCAGAGGGGGAGGAGAGGCGCAAGAAGAAGAGGAAGAGUGGGACUGGAGGGUUGUGGGGCUCGGAUUCAGAGGAAGAGGAGGAGGAGGGGCUUCGCAUGGUGCAUGAUAGUGAGGAUGAUGACGAUGAUGAUUCUGAUGAUGGUGGUGGUGCCUUCGCUGGUAACGAUGGCAGGGUUGGUGAUGAAGAUGAGAGGAAGCUUCCUGGUCGGCAGCAGGAGGAUCAGGAAGGAUUCGCGCGGCUUGAGAUUUAUGAUUUCUCGGCGGAGAAGGAGGAGUUUGGGCUGGAUGCACAGCAUGUGGCUGCCAGUGAGGCCAUGGCUCUGGGUCCUUCGGCAGAUAAGAAAAAAUGGAACAAGCGUGGGGCUCCUAAGUUCUCUGUGCCACUGCCUGCGGCUGCUGCUGCAGCAGCUGCCGAUGCUGCUGCCAAUGCUGGAAAGCAGGGUGGUGGGGGUGAGGGAGGGCGAGGGAGUAAGAGUGCGGUGUUUGAUCCGUUGCAACCGAUUGCGGCUGGAGUGGCCAAGAGAGGCUUGGCUUAUGAUGCGCCGAGGGGUGGGAAGAGGCCGCAAGUGUUUCCUUCGUCUGGAAACAGGAGUGCCACAUUCAUGGAUUAA